AUGGACGCGAACCCAAAUCCGGAAAUUAUAACCACAAACAGCCAUAUAUCACGGCUCCUGGCUCUUCUACCCCGAUUAUUAGACUUCUUUAGUUGGUCCAUGUUUGUACUUUUGGGACAAGGCUCCCAAAGCUCCGGGGGUUACCUGAAAUACCCUCUCAUGUGGCAGCUCUCCUCUGCUUCUGAUAGGUUGCUUUGGGAAAAU